CACAGAUAGGCCAGAAUGAAUAAACAAGGUCUAUCAAUAGCCUUCGUAGUCUUGUUAUUGUACACGGCGGCGGUGGCCGGAGAACAGUGCGGCCGACAAGCCGGUGGCCGGACUUGCCCCGACAACCUAUGUUGCAGCCAAUACGGUUACUGUGGUGAUACGGAGGAUUACUGUUCGCCGGAAAAGAAUUGCCAGAGCAACUGUUGGGGCGGCGGCGGUGGUGGUGGUGGCGGUGGGGGAGGAGAGAGCGCGUCAAACAUACGCGCCACCUACCAUUACUACAACCCUGAGCAGCACAAUUGGGACUUGAGAGCGGUGAGCGCUUAUUGCUCCACGUGGGAUGCGAAAAAGCCGUACACGUGGCGUAGCAAAUACGGCUGGACCGCCUUAUGUGGACCUGUCGGACCUCGUGGUCAGGCCUCUUGUGGCAAGUGCUUAAGGAUAACGAAUACGAGGACGAGGGCUCAAGUAACGGCGAGAAUAGUGGACCAAUGCGGCAACGGAGGGUUAGAUAUGGACGUCGGGGUGUUCAAUAGAUUGGACACGGAUGGAGUUGGCUACCAACAGGGCCAUCUUAUCGUUGACUACCAAUUCGUUGACUGCGGCAACGAGCUCUUGGAGUCCAAUUCCCAAAAUACCCUUCCCUCCUUCCUUGACGGUGUUUGAUGGGUUCAUAUUUCCAAGGUCUCCGAUGAAAAAAUGAAUUCCCGUGUACUCACGUAUGGACCGCUCUCGUUAUGUGCACGUGGAAUAUACCCUGUGCGAUAUUAAUAAUGAUAAUAAUUUCA